UGCUAGUGCUGUUUACAUGAUGCCAGUAAUUUUAACCCAGCCAAGCCAGUACCAUUGCAGACGGUUGACGGUAUUGACGGUACAAAACGUCCGUGAAGUAAAAUGAACUGCAUUCGUAAGAAAAACACAAUACGACUGAAACAGUUACUUCGGAAACUAUGUCAAUUUGCAUUAGACGAAUUACUAGAAGAUGUAUUAGAAAAACGUGUAUGGACAAGACCAUGGCUUUUAAGAAGGAAUGAACGUGGAUCAUCUGCUUUACUUUUAAAAGAACUUUGCAAUAACGAUAUAGGCGAGUACAAGAGUAUUUUGCGAAUGACGCCCGAUAUGUUUGAUAUUCUGUUGAGUCUUGUGACGCCAAAAAUACAAGGAAUGGAUACAAUAAUGAGACAGGCGUUACCUGCAAGAAUAAAAUUGGAGAUCACUUUAGAUUUUCUUUCGUCCGGUAUUAGUUACAGGAGGCUUAGUCACUUUUAUCGGGUUUCAAGAUGUGCUAUAGGCAAAUUUAUACCAGAAGUAUGUGUCGAAAUCUACAAGGUAUUGGAAGAAAACAUUAAGAUCCCUACUAAUUUCGAAGAAUGGGCGGAAAUAGAAAAUGGAUUUAGAAACAGAUGGAAUUUCCUAUUUUGCUACGGUGCCAUUGAUGGAAAGCAUAUUCAAAUUUUAGCUCCUGGUAAUAGUGGAACUAUAUAUUUCAAUUAUAAAAAUGUAUUCAGUAUAGUUCUUAUGGCAAUAGUUGAUUACGACUAUUGUUUUCGAUAUACAGGGUGA